AAUCAAAUUGCAGCCUUCCAGUUGUGAAGUUGCUGUAACACCGAUUACUUAGGCAGGGAAAAUAUCAUUUGGAAUGGAUCGCUGGCAAAACAAAAUAGCCGUAGUGACCGGUGCUAGCGCCGGAAUAGGUGCAACAAUUGUUAAGAGUUUGCUCCAAGCGAACUUGACUGUAGUGGGUUUGGCAAGAAGAAAAGAGAAAAUCCUUGAAAUACGUGAUAGUCUACCAAAAGAAAAACAAUCCCGAUUGCAUGCCGUGAAGUGUGACAUCACCAACGAGGGUGAAGUCAAGUACGCUUUUGACUGGAUCGAAAAAAACCUUGGUGGAACUGACAUUCUAGUGAAUAAUGCGGGAGUUGUACGGAAUAAAACUUGCCUCAUUAGUCCGGGGAACACGGCCGAUAUGAAAGAGAUCGUCGAUACUAACAUCAUGGGAUUCCUGUAUUGUACGCGUGAGGCUUUCAAUUCAAUGAAGGCCCGCAAUUUUGAUGGGCAUAUAAUCGUCAUUAAUAGUGUCUUAGGGCACAAGGUGGCAAAUUUCAUUGGCAGUAAAGCUAUUGUUUCGACGAAUAUGUACAGUCCUUCCAAAUACGCAGUAACUGCUAUGGUCGAAACGUACCGACAAGAGUUCGCAAAUGCUGGUACCAAGGUGAAAAUUACGAGUAUCAGCCCUGGAAUGGUGAACACGGAACUCAUCUCGGAAAGAACGCGAGCACUAAACUUACCAAUGCUUGAGAGCGAAGAUAUUGCGAAUGCUAUUCUCUACGCUCUAUCAACUCCACCACAUGUACAGGUGCAUGAUAUCAUAAUAAAACCAGUGGGCGAGCCAGUAUAAAUAGUGAUCGCUUCUCGGAAUAGCAUGGCCUUCAAAGCCCGUUGUGAGUAAAGGUGAUAAUUAUAAUAAAGUCGGAUUUAUAUUGUUGAUACUUGGAUUCUCAAUGGAAAUAGAAGAAAAGGUGCCU